CUCGAUGUGGAAAAGGACAUGGAACCAAACAAAUCUCUGGAUAGUUUCCGCGACGAAUGGAAGCAGGAGCUAAAUAAGAAAACCUCGGAGAAAAGACCACUGUCAUCAUCCAGCAAUGAGUCGUCUGCUCCCGCAAACAGAAAGCAGUCUCUCCAGUCGGAUCAUGAAGGAAAAUCGUUCGUGCCUACGUUUGAUGACGGGCCGACAGCAGGUUCAUCAAGUGGUCGCGAGAAAAAUGGACAUAACGACAAAAUCUUAUGCAACAAAUGCUUACAAAAUCAAGGACAAGCUAAGGGAGAACCAACUGGGAUUCUGAAUUAUUUAGAUUUUAAUGAAACCACUAAGAGAACAAUAACAUAUUAUCCAUUUAACAUUGUACAUAAUUUAUUGCAUAGAUCACACACGUCUAAAAGCUCAGGGAAUGAAGAAGGAUGUGCAGAUGAGGUUAAAUUCAGUGCGGAAUCAUGUUAUAUGUGUGGAGGGACAGUCAAUGAUGCACGUGGAUUGAAGAGGUCACGAAGUUCACAAAAAGAGUCUAAAAGUUAUGGGAAAGAACGCAUUGAAGACGUUUUCAAAAGAAAAAGAACCAAAAUUGACAAUUUUACAAAGGGACACCUGUUAGAUCAGUUUUUACUAGACUUAAAUGAGAUAGAUGAAAUACCUUUCUUUGACAUAUCUCUUCCCAGAGAAGUUGCCCUGAAAAUCUUUCAGCAUCUUGGUUUGAAAGAUUUAUGUAGAUGUUCUCAGGUGAGUCGUAGUUGGCGAAGUCUAGCUGAAGAUGAACUCCUCUGGUGUAACCUCUGUCACAGUCUGGGAUAUGAACAAAAUCAUGUGACAAGGGACCUUGGCCAAUGGAAAGCUAUUGUCCGGGAAAACAUCACUAAAGACCAGCAGAUCAUCUCAAAUUGGAAGAACCGUACAGGAAACCAGACUUCACUACAGUAUGUUCAAGGAGGAAUUCUGUGUUCUGUUAACUCGCACAAUAACACUGUGGUAGCUGGGUACUCUAAUGGGGAGGUUAAGAUGUGGGACCUUGACCUUGAGGAAAGUUGUACUCUGAAGCCGUCCAACACAUCUCUAAUCAUUAACGAAAGAGAAGAGGAAGGCAUGAUAUCUAUAGAUGUGUCACAGCUAGCAGUCACCCCAACACUAGCUGUUGCCAGGUAUCAGCAAGGUCACAUUGACAUUUGGAGGUUGAAGGACAACAAUAAUGUGAAUCCAGCCUUUACAAUACCACGAGGAGCCAACAAAUUCUGUGUCGCCAGGUCAUGUGACAUGGUUGUUACAGGUAGCGGCAUGGAUAUCAGCGUAUACACAUACACAGACACUGGCUUCCAACUCCACAGCAUGUUGAACCGAUACUCAGGGAAACAGGUGUCACAUCUGAACAUGUUAGAGGAUGGCAUAGAGGAGCCUCAGGUAUUCAUUACCACUGAGCAGGGAGAGGUGUACCUGCAUUGCCCGGGGGGAACAGCAGAGGAGAUGAGAGAAUACGCCACCCCUCAGGAUCACUUCCUUACUAGUGGGACUGUUAGCUGUGUGGAUGUGCGACUAAACCCAGCCAUGAUAGCUGUUGGACAUGCUACCAUAGGCACUGUCUACGACAUUGAAACAGCAAAGACAAUCAGAUUGCUGUCAGGUCAUAUGCACAUCAUCGAUUGUUUAAAUCUUGAAGACAGUCCUCCUUACCAGGUGGUGACAGGAAGUAUGGACAGAAAGGUACGGAUAUUUGACUUGAGGACAGAUCAGGCUGCUACAGUGUUAUCUGGUCAUACAAACUACAUAACAACGGUACAGAUGGAUGACUGGAAAGUGGUGUCUGGGGACGGUGGGGGAUUUGUUUGUGUGUGGGACCGGCGCAUGUCCACCAAGCUUUGGGAGUGGCACAACAGACACCCAGUCCAAUAUUGCCACUUCUACAAGCAGCGACUCAUUUCUGGAAACGUUCCUGCCACAACAAAAGUGCUUGGGGAUGACCAUUUAGCUCAUAGAAGGUUUCGCGGGUCUCUGAGUGUUUGUGAUUUCUCAGCUGACCUAACUACACAGGACCUACCCCAGAUCUGUCACUCGACUUACGAUGAACCGGAGGCCUAUAAUUACAACAUAAGGCUGGCAGUUCCCUAUGACCAUAUCUAAGGAUUCAUACUUACAAUAGUGAACUGAAUAAUUACAAUAGGCUGGUAAAUCCCUACGGACUGAGAGUGCUAUCCGACAGGCUGGAUUAAUCAUGCUGAGAAGACCUAAUAACUAAAACGCCAUAUUCAAGACCUUUCACAAGAAAAAAAGUUAGCCCAACAGGAUUGAUGAUUUUUUUACAUACUGUGAUAUUUAAAUGUUUCAUAAAACUUUUAAAAUUAUGAUGGUGCUGUGAUAGCCGACUCAGAGAUAUUUCUGGUUGUAAUUGGAGGUUUUAAAUUGGUCCUGACUAUUGACAUUUUGGGAAAACCUAAAACAAGUAACCUCCUUUUGAUUGAAUUCAUAUUCCAGUAAUUAUAUGUGUAUUGUUGCAUUUUAAAAGCUCCCUGUGCCAGGUUAUAUAAUGUUACAGCAUUUUCUAGCUAGCUGGGUUGGUAAAAAUUCAAUUCAAUCUGUUUUGUCAUGGUUCUGUCAGUAGGAUGUUAACAACAAGUCAUGAUAUGUUAUAAAUACACUCCCAUCUAUGUGUUACAGACAAAGUGCUUCUCAAGCUAGAAAUGAAUUUUGUAGAAUAUAAUCCAUGUGUUAGAAAAUGUAUACAAAUGUCAUUUUUAAAUUUGUAUAUUGAAAUCAUGUAACAUAAAUUGUUAGAAAUCGGUAUUACCCAAUAACAAAAACACUUGAUACAUUUCAUAUAAAUUGCUUAAAAAUUUUAUUAUAUUUUCUAUCCAUGAAAUAAAAUAUUUCCAGAAUAAUA